CGGGCUCGGGGAAGGAAUUUCGAUUGGUGCACAGUGUAGCCGCAUUUUAGUGUAGUGAAAGUUACUUCUUUCCAUCAUGCCGACUCUCGGAUACUGGAAAAUCAGAGGGCUUGCACAGCCUAUUAGACUAUUGUUAAAUUAUGUUGGAGAAGAAUUUGAUGAUGUCCAGUAUGAACAGGGAGAUGCACCAGAGUACAGCCGAGAUGCUUGGAUGUCUGUAAAAGACACACUAGGACUAGCUUUUCCAAAUCUUCCAUACUUUAUUGAUGGGGACAUCAAAAUUACCCAGAGCAACACAAUCCUUCGGUACAUAGGGGAUAAGCACAACCUCUUGGGUAAGACGGCCCAUGAGAAGGUAGACUGUGAUAUGAUGGUAGAGAAUGCUAUGGACUUCAGAAAUGGAGUUGUUCGACUAUGCUACAACAGGGAUUAUGAAAAGCUUAAAGAAGAUUACUUUAACAAUGUCAAGGACAAACUCAAACAGUUUGAAACAUUCCUCGGAAGUAAACCUUGGUUUGCUGGAGAAAAUAUAACCAUCUGUGACUUCCCAAUGUACGAGCUGUUGGACCAGCACAAACUGAUGAAGUCAGGAAUCCUCGACAGUUAUCCAAACCUCCUCAAGUUCACAGAGAGGUUCGAGGCUCUCCCGAAAAUCAAGGCCUACAUGGCAUCCGACAAAUUCAUGAAGCGACCAGUCAACAACAAAGUCGCAGGAUUCAAGUGAUUUUCUGUUUCCAUUGACUAACCAUAGCUAUUUAGCUGCAUAUUAAUGCACCGCAUUAGAUUCAUUUUAAUCAGUAGUAAGCCAUAAAUCAGAGAUACUAGUUCUGUUUGACACAGAAACAAGUUUUGAUUAGUCCUUUUACAUGUAGGUGCUAUAUAGUUGUUACAAUUUUUUCAGUAUUUUUUAUGCAUUAAGGUUGUAAUUUGUAUUAUUAGGUACAGGAAAUGAUAGAAAUGUCUCUUUCUUUUCUAGUCAGUGCUUGAAAAGAAGGUGGCAUUAUCUGAUUUAGAAGAACACUUGCUGACAACUUUUUUUGAGAAUUUGAAUGAAUUAUUUACAGAUUUUACUAAUUUUUCAGAUAUUACAUACACAUAUAACUACACAAUUGUUUACCUUUUAAUCCACUAAUUUUUUUUCCCAUGAGAAGUAACCUUUUUAUUGGUUUGAUUUAAUUUUUAGUGCUCUUGUUUAUUAAAUGCAUGAAAACAGGUUUCUUACCUCUCAUUUUCUUAUUGUCUGUAUGUUAUUUCCAAAGAUCUAAAAACCAUCAGUAUCGAGUACUAUUUACCUUGGUCAAAUGUGGUGAAGGAUAAUUUAUGUUUUGAAGACCACUUUAAUAGAUAAUUUAAUAAACAAUCCAGUGUUUAACAAA